GGAAGGGUUUGCUACAGGCGAGUUUCAAAAAAUUUUAUUUUCACUUUUUUCAAAUUUUUUGUUUUUUAAACAGCUUUUAGUUUAGAUAGAUGAUUCUCUACUGUCUGCAAACACCCUACAACAGCUGAGGACGGCGUUACCGCCAUUGGAUAUCAUAAAAAAGCUUUCCGAAGUGGAACCGUCGGUACUGCAAGAAAUGCCAGAGGGAGAGCAGUUCCUUGCAUCACUCGCAUCCAUAAAAGCUUUGCCUUUACGGCUUGACCUCAUCAUCUUCAAACUCCGAUUCCAGGAAAUCUUGAAUGACCUGAAGCCGGAAAUUUUAAAUGAUCUUAAGCCGGGUAUCUCAUGCGUUAUGGAAGCUUGUGACGAGAUUCGAAGAUCGCAUGGCUUCAAAACAUUCCUUGAACUUGCUCUCCUCUUCGGCAACUUUAUGGGCCAGUCAUCAAAAACCUACAAGGACACAUUUGCUUUUGAGAUGAAUGUGCUCACGAAGUUGAUGGACACCAAGGAUAUCGACAACAAAUACACUCUUCUACACUAUAUGGUUGACUCCAUGCGCAAAUGUGAUCCGAAGCACUGCAGGUAAUC